AGAAGUUUCUCUGCGUUUGUCUCCUGUCAGCACCCAACGAUGUCAAAAGAGAGGAAAUGACUUUUUUCAUUCUCCCCAGCGACUCUCAGCACCUCCACCCCCUCCUCCUCUUACCCCUUCCAACCCCCAUUCCAUUCUCUUUCCCGCUCUGACUGAACCAGCCUCCCCCUGGCGAGUGAUUCCACUCAGCUCAGUCACUCUCCUGCGGCCAGAGCUCACCUCCGUAUCUUCCCCCGUCUCUCUGACGCAACCUCCUCAGCGCUCGUGUUUUUUCAACCUGUGCCUCCUCUUGUUUUCCCAAGCCUGGCUCUCUCUCCCUUCCUUGCAUCCUGUCUCUUGCUGCCAGACUUUUUCUGGGAGCCCAGAUGGGAAAAGUGCAUGUAAGAAAACUUCCCGGCACUCAGUCAGUGACAGACGAUACCUCUGUGCACAUCGUGUCCUUGUUCCCCUGAAUGGUUUUGGUCCCCCGCUCUGCUGCCCCCAGCUGUGAGAGGAAGGGGUGGUGUGUGGGGGGGGGGGGGGGGGGGAUCUGGAUGCUGUGGAUCGCUGUUUGAGGGAUUGAGGAUUCACUCCUUGGGACCCGAAAUAUUGGCAGCAGAAUCCAGACUGUGUGGAGAAUACAGGCAUCUUUCUAAAACCUCUUGGAUAAAACUCUCCUGGCCGUGUUUUUGAAACCCACAGAUGAGAAGCGUGAAAGGUCAUCGGUCUAUAUGCUGUUGUGGAAAGGACCUUCUAGGACAGCGUGGAUGAGUGACCCCUCUAGGCACGGAAGUCCUUUAUGAACACCAGGGUAGUCAACACAGAGAUGGCCCUCAUCAGCAAUGCCUUGGCAGCCUAUGGCUUCAUAAUAGAUCACCCAGAACGUACGGCGCUCUACUUCAUGUGCGGGGUGUGUCUCGGCCUGCUCCUCACACUCCUGGCCUUGGUGGUGCAGAUCUCCUGCCGCGUGGACUGCGGGGGUGGGCGCAGCAGGUGGAGAAGGAAGCGGCGGCGGCCGCCGGGCACCGCGCGCCGCAGGAUCGCCGAGACGAGAGGCCGAGACAGCAGCGACAGCAGCGGCGGCAGCGACUCGGACUGGGAUGCGAGCUCCGACCUGUCCGCGCGCCGGCGCCGCCGCUUCGAGCGCACGCUCCGCACAAACGUGUUCGCGUCGGCCGAGGAGCUGGAGCGGGCGCAGCGGCUGGAGGAGCGCGAGCGCAUAGUUCGCGAGAUCUGGAUGAACGGGCAGCCCGACGUUGGCGGCGCUCACACGCUCAGCCGAUACUGCUAAAGCCACGGACGACGGGGGGGUCUGUCGUGGACCUGGCGGGGAAGGGCUCUCCGGGCCCGCUCCGGCUGUGGAAGCGCUUCCCGGACUCACGUCAACUGCUUCUAUCUUGGUGAGCCUUUUUUUUUUUUUGCGGUGACACUCAGCUCCUCCACGUACGAAGCAAGGCCGCGAAGGGCAGAGCGGAGGAGGUGGGAUUACUGAGAAAGACCCUUCCUCCAAAGACUCGGAGACCUCAGUGAGGCCCGUCACACAGUAAAGGGAAAAGGUCACACAGCUUUUUAUUGACUUUGCUCUUAGAGGAGGUGGAUGACAGUGAGCGCAUCGCAUUGCUGUAGGAGCCCUUGCUUUUUUUUUCUUUUUUUUUUUUAAACCGCUUUCGUCCAGCAAUGAAAAAAGGCGCCUUAAAAUAUGUCCUUUGUGAGACCGGCGAGCAAUCGCGAGAGCCCAACUGGAACAUUUGGCUGAAACAUGACUGUUAAAAAAAUACGUUGUGCAGAAACGCAGAACCAAAAAUGUCUGAAACUCAUCUCAGCCUUUGUGAGGCCUGUAACAUUAUUGCUGAAUGGUUGUCUUAGCGUUUAUAAUAUUUUUAUACAGUGGCAUUGUUUCUGAAGGGCAUCUCAGGGAUUAUAUCCUGAUGUUUUCAAAAUGGUAAUAUUUUUUUGUGUUCUUUUCCUCCAAGAAAAUAUAAGCACUUUUUCGCGUGGGAUGAUGAGUAUGCAUAUUUUACUGGAGAAAAAAUUUAGUAUCAUAUUUCUGUGGUUUAAAGACAAAAAAAAAAAAAAACAUUUUCAUGUGCCGUGAAGGUUGUUUGGUAACGCAGUUACAGUAAAUCCCAUUAAAAGUGUCUUAAUAGGUUAUUAACUAUCCCCCAUUGCUUUUCCUCAACUUUCUAUUAGGAUGUAAUGCACCCAGGACUGUAAAAAUAUACAUUUGAGGAAGACAUUCGCACUUAAACUGUGUGGUUCGAUGUAUGGAUGGGGCAUUUAGACUACGGUGUGAGGGACAGCAAGUCAAGUGGCGUAAAAAAUUUUAUUUUGAUGUAUGUCAAGAGAGGCUUUAUCGUUUGAUUUAUUUACUGUGCCAUAUAAAGAGCUGGUACAGAACACAGUUAGACGAAACAACGUCCCUCCGUGUACGAACAUAUAAUGGGAAAUGCGCCCCUGGGGAGGGUGGGCAUUUAAAGGAGCUCAUGUGUCCAUUCCUCGUUCUUCCCGUUUUGAUACGGACCUUUCGGAGUUCUGCCACCAAUGUUCAUUCACCUAGAAUAAACAUCAGGCAUUCGUUAAAAUAAAAACGACACAAUAUCCCUGGAGCUUGAAUCAGUUCACUCUGCGUGUCAACGACAGAGACUGGCUUUAAACUUUGCGGACUCCAUACGCGAAAUGAAAAAUCAGCUCAGGAAUAUUGUGCAGUGCUGGCUAAAUAAGAGCGGCCCCCCCGUACCCCAGCCGUACCCCAGCCGUACCACAUAGCGCUCGUGGAUUGAACGGAACGUGUAGCGUGUGCUUGACAGCAAAGACAAAAUGAGGAAAUAAACCGCAAGGUUUGCAUUGAAAGUUUACGGUGACAAUGGAGUGGUGUUUCAGGUGGGCCGAAGGCUUGCGACUGUGACUAAACGCAGCGUAUGCUCAUUGAAUAAACUGUAUAGGGAAAAAGCACAUGUUUCCUUUGUUUGGUUUUAGAGAGCGAACAUGUAAAUCUCACACACACACGUUGUCUGAAACCACUUGUCCCAAGCAGGGUCGCGGCA